CGGAAGUUCAGAGGACCCCGCGAAAGAACCGAACCGACAGUCAAUUCAAAAUUUCAAAACAAACCCGAGAUUGUUGUUUAGACACGCAAUGUUUACUCUGACCUAGCUGGCUGUUACAGACGCAACCCAAUUCCUCAUUUUAAAAACAGCAGUACAAUGGACGCAGAUGAAAAGCACGACUCCAGUAGAAAUGAUAAAUCGGUGGAUACUCCUAAACCGCCUUCAAUCGAGGAUUUCCUCAUUUUGAAGCCCAUCAGCCGCGGAGCUUUUGGCAAGGUUUACCUUGCACGGAAGAAGUGCAAUUCGCGAUUAUAUGCCAUUAAAAUGACAAAGAAAGCAGACAUGGUUGAUAAAAAUAUGAUGGGCCAGAUGAAGGCGGAGAGAGAUGCACUUGCUUUGAGCAAAAGCCCCUUCGUGGUUCACCUGUUUUACUCCCUUCAGACAGCCACCAAGAUCUAUCUGGUAAUGGAAUACCUCAUUGGUGGAGAUGUCAAAUCUCUGCUUCACAUCUAUGGGUAUUUCGACCAGGAUAUGUCUGUAAAGUACAUUUCAGAGGUUGCACUAGCUUUGGACUACCUCCACCGACAUGGUAUAAUCCACAGGGACUUGAAGCCAGACAACAUGCUCAUAUGCAACAAAGGUCACAUCAAACUGACAGACUUCGGCCUUUCUAAAGUCAAGCUUGACAGAGAGCUGAGUCUUAUGGAUAUCCUUACUACUCCAUCCUUGGCUAAACCAAACAAAGAUUACUUCCGCACUCCGGGUCAAGUCCUCUCCUUAAUCAGUGCCAUUGGAUUUAAUUCACCUGCAGGAGAAGCCAAGCGUCACUGCAGUACAUCUGCUGUGUCCAGUUCCAUGUCCUGCGGCAGAAUAAAACAGAAGAAUAGCUCUCUUGGUUCUCCCUUGAUGAAGAAAAAAGAUCAGCGGUCCUCUCCGGUUCUUCGGGUUACAGGACCCAACAAUGUUGUCUUUAGCCCUCAUAACCUGUCUAAAAAUCUGACCACCAAACUGUUGAAGAUCAGGAAGAGGUGUGAGACGAUGAGUGUAUGCAGCACCACCGACACUGAAGGUGGCAUCAGUCCACUGUGGGAAUGUGAGGACAUGCAACAUACUGGUGCAGAUAAAGAAAAUGAGCAGAUGGGGGAAUUGCAUUCUGAGUCCAAAGGGCUCAAACAAGACGGUGCGCCCACAAAACUGGCCACCUUUGGCUUCUCUGCCGGGGCCACGAGCGUUGUGUCAGAUCCACACCAUCUUGCAGAAAAGAGUCUUCACACCAACAAACUGGGGUCCACAGCUCUGGAUGAUUCUUGUCUAUCAGCCUCAUCCGCAAAGAGAAAAUUUUCUGACGUUGGGAGAAGCCCCGUACCUCUGGAGAUCCAAGCCAAGAAGAGUAAUGCAAUCUAUGAGAGAUGCUACGAGAUUCCAGAAGAGACUAUGAGGUUUCACACUGGCCUGACUGGGACGUUUUCAACCAUCCAAAUAGGUGACUUCAUGGUCUCCACUGAGAGGAUUGGGUCAACUGAAGACCAGAUCCCAAAGCGCUCCAGUCCCAUUGCUGUGGCCAAAAUCCUGUUUAGUGAACUGGAGGAUUUAACAGAGGACGUGUUUGAAGACGAAGCCAAGGACCUGUCACGUUCAAGUUUCACAUCACCACUAGCUGGGAACGGUGACAUUUGCAGGAGCUUGAGCCUCGACUCUGACGGGUCUAUGCAUGAAACAUCUCUCACUAUCGACAGCCGUGCAUCGCUCAAGCCAAGCGAAUGUUCAAUAAACCGGAAUUUAGCAUCACCCGAGCAACAAAAGGAAAACAAAGACGUGUCCAUCACUGAAUCACUCCCACAAACUCCCUCUGCUGUUAACACUGGAACACCCAAACUUGGUCACUUUAGCCGGGGAGGAUCUCAGUGCUCCUUCCUUAACCCGCUCCCUGAUCUGGCACAGUCCUCCUCAUUCCUCAAGCCGCGAAAUGUUGUAGCUUUCCGUAGCUACUGUAGCUCCAUUAACCGCUCCAACACAUCAGGGAUGUCCCGAUUUAGCGUGGGUUCUGUUGAGGCUAUGGACAUGUCCACAGCCGCUUCUUAUCACUCUGCGUCUGGCAAUGCAACACCAGUGCAAAAAAGACCCAGCUCCAACAGCUCACUCUAUCAGACUCCUCAGCCCAUGUCGACCACUUGCACCCCUUUCAGGACCCCUAAGAGUGUCAGAAGGGGUGCACUGCCUGUUGAGGGCGCACCCAUUUUAGGAACUCCUGACUAUUUGGCUCCAGAGCUUCUCUUGGGAAAACCGCAUGGAAGUCGUCAGUGUGACUGCAUGGUGGAUUGGUGGGCGCUAGGUGUGUGUCUUUUCGAGUUCCUCACAGGUGUGCCACCUUUCAACGACGAGCUGCCUCACCUGGUCUUCCAGAAUAUUCUCAACAGAGAUAUUCCCUGGCCUGAGGAAGAAGAGGAACUGUCUGUAAACUCAAGAAAUGCGAUUGAAAUCCUCCUGACCAUGGACAUGACAAAACGAGCUGGUCUAAAGGAGCUCAGGCGUCACCCCCUGUUUGAGGGCCUGGACUGGGACAACCUGCAGAACCAGCCGAUGCCUUUCAUCCCUCAGCCAGAGAACGAAACCGACACCUCGUACUUUGAUGCAAGAAACAACGCUCAGCACAUCACCAUGUCCGGCUUCAGUCUGUAGACUUCCAAACAGCAACAGCUGAGUUUGAUCAAAGCAGCCUGCCAACUCCAAAAAUCACAUGCAUUAUACAAACAAAUACACGAUAACGAUGUAGAUUCUGAUUGGUUCUCUGUUUGUUGUAAUACCUUUUUAAAAAAACAUUUUACCUAUGUGCAAUCACCAUUCACAAGAGCCAGAAAAUAGCUGAAUCUGUUGACUUAUUUACGAGUAUGCAGUGUAGACAGUAAACUUCUUUUACAACUUAGUAUUACCAUUUUACAUAGUUGUCUCUUAACCCUUGUGUUGUCUUCCCGUCAAACAUGAAAACAAACACUUUUGUUGUCCCUAUCUCAAUGUUUUUAGUUUUAGUGUGUUUUUUUGGGGGGGGGGGGGUUUUCAACGUUUUGGUCACUUAUUUCAAAAUUGAUAUCGCUUUAUCUGACAUUUUGUCGUUUUGUUCCGACGUUUUCUCCUGGUGUUUGGGUUUAUUUAGUUUUAAUAUUUCAUAUUAUUUUUUGUUUUACAUUCUGUGCGCUUAUUUCGACAUCCCAUAUUUUUUCUAACAUAAAAAACUUUGAAAACGGGUCAAAUUUGACCCGAGGACAACAUGAGGGUUAAAUUAGGUUCUUGUACUAGCAAAAUAAAUUUUGCUACGGAUUUACCUUCAUAAUAGGCGUUGCUUUCUGUUGUUAUAUUGAUUCAUACGUUCAUUGAUAAGUUCAUGUAGACGUGGCUCUUACUACCUGAUGUUAACUUUCCAUGCAGUUAAGCUUCUUUUUUUUGUUGCUACACUGUUAAUUUCUCUUUGAGGGGUACCGAAGGAAAAUGCUAAUAUAUUAAUCAAUAAUAAUUUUAUAUGUAAAUCUUGUUAAUAACAUUCACAUGCCAUUGUUUUAAGACUGGACAAGAGUACUUUGUAUUCAAACAGAACAGUUUUGGCUGCUUUUAUGUCAUUUUGUGUGUUUGUGUGUAAUUUUGAUGUGAUCUCCUGUCCAUUUUCUACACUACAUUUUAAGAGAAAUUCACUUGGCUCCCAGCUAAUUGUGAAAUUUUAAUCUUGUUCACUCUAAGAAAAAAUGUAAAAUACAAAUAAAAUCUUGUUUGUAA